AUGACACCACCUCCCAGAUAUUGUCCUAAAGGGGAGACCCGUGUUUGCCGUCUACGCAAAUCCCUCUACGGUCUCAAACAGGCAUCCCACAACUGGUUUUUUAAACUAACCACUGUGCUUCUUGAUGCAGGUUUUAUUCAAUCUCAAGCAGAUCACUCUUUAUUUACCUUGGUCACCACCAUGAGUAUCACCAUUGUACUUGUCUAUGUUGAUGAUAUUCUGGUUGCUGGCAAUGAUCUCUCCAAAAUAGAAGACUUCAAACGUGUCCUCUCCACCAAUUUCAAAACCAAGGAUCUCGGCCCCCUCAAAUAUUUUUUUGGUCUCGAAGUUGCUCGUUCAUCAAAAGACAUCUUCCUUAAUCAACGAAAAUAUGCUCUUGAUAUUUUGAAAGACAUUGGCCAACUCGGCGCCCGGAACGCUCCCUUUCCCAUGGAACAAAACUUGAAACUCAACAAUCAAGAUGGCACCCUUCUUUAUGAUCCAAGCUCCUAUCAACGACUUGUGGGCCGCCUCAUCUAUCUCACUAUCACUCGUCCUGAUAUUGUCUUCGCCGUGAACAUCCUCAGUCAGUUUAUGCAUGCUCCCCGCAUUCCUCACAUGCAAGCCGCCACCCGUGUUCUCCGCUACAUCAAAGGCAGCCCAGGUCAAGACAUUUUCUUUCCAUCCUCCAAUACCUUACAUGUUACUGCCUACACUGAUUCUGAUUGGGCCAGCUGCCCCACUACCCGCCGCUCCACCACCGGUUUCUUCAUUCAGCUCGGCACGAGUCCUAUUUCCUGGUGUACCAAAAAACAAACGACUGUCGCCCGCUCUUCCACUGAAGCUGAAUAUCGAGCUAUGGUCGUUACCACAUGUGAGCUAACAUGGUUGAAACAACUCCUCACUGACUUUGGUAUCUCUCAUCCUGAACCUUUCAGCUUGCAUUGUGAUAAUCAAUCUGCUCUGCAUAUUGCCCAUAAUCUCAUGUUUCAUGAAUGCACCAAACAUAUUGAGAUUGAUUGCCACAUUAUUCGAGAUAAGAUCCGGUCUGGUCUACUCACUGCAGUCCAUACGUCAUCACAUGAGCAAAUUGCAGACAUCUUCACCAAAGUUUUAGGCCGCGAACUCUUCCAUCAUUUUCUAUGCAAGUUCGGCAUUACGGACCUUCAUGUGCCAACUUGA